GUGAAUAAUUCUAUUAUCUUGUCCUCGACUUAAUUACUAUAGAAAUUGUAGAAAUUUGUAUUCUAUGAGUAAAAUAUUAUAUACGGCGGUUAUUCCUUUAUUUUUUUCCCCCCAACCAUAAUAAUCUAUACAAUAAAUGCUGAUUGAGGAUUAAUUCCUCGAACCCAUCAAAGCGAUUGUAUUUCCACCCCGCAUUUAUUUAUACAUGAAGCUUCUCUUUUUAUAUCGCGCCGACUAGAUUCAAUUCAAUUAGUGUUUUAUUUACCCAAUAAAUUUCUCAAUUAACAUCAAAUUCAUCUUAUAAAGCUUUUUAGUAUACGAGUUGUCUUUGCCGCCAUGUCUAACACUCCGUUAAGGGCUGCAUUGCUCAUUGUCUCUACGACAGCAGCCAAGGAUCCCUCCACAGAUGCUUCCCAAGCAGCUCUAAGCGAUGUACUUGAGAAAGAAGGUGAUGGAAAAUGGGCACUCGUCGACACCAAAAUAGUCCCAGACGUUGUGACUCAAGUUCAACGACAGAUCAUGCUAUGGACGGAUGUCGCGGCGGAUACCAUUAAUCUCGUUAUAACUACCGGAGGUACCGGAUUUGCAGUAGCUGACAACACCCCAGAGGCCGUCUCGGCCAUACUGCAUAAGCCAGCGCCUGGCCUUGUUCACGGCAUGUUGGCGGCUUCUUUAAGCGUCACUCCAUUCGCCAUGAUGUCUCGCCCGGUUGCAGGUGUUAGAAAUAAAUCUAUUAUCAUCACACUUCCAGGCUCACCGAAAGGAGCUCGAGAGAACUUACAAGCUAUUCUGAAGACAUUACCACACGCGUGCCUUCAAGCCGCCGGACUGGACUCGAGGACGUUACACGCCGGUGGGGUUAAGAAGCUUGAGGCGGAUGCUGGUAUAGGAUCGGGUAGUCAUUCACAUUCCCACGAUCAUCAACAUAGUCAUGGAGCUGGCCACCAGCAUAGCCACGGCCACGGCGGUUUAGUCCGACAUACAGCUCCAAGUUCUAAUCCGAUGUCUAAUGAUCCCAACCUCGGCCCUAGCCGACGGAAUCGAGAAUCCCCAUAUCCGAUGCUCUCAGUUGAUGACGCAUUAAAUAAGAUCAAGGAACAGACACCACCUUCGGAGAUAAUCACAACUAAGGUCGAUAGGUCAUUACCGGGCCAUGUCCUGGCCGAGGACGUCCAAGCUAGAGAAAACGUACCCGCCUUCCGAGCAAGUAUUGUAGAUGGCUAUGCGGUCGUCGUCCCGAAGGACGGUAACCUAAAAGGGGUCUUUCCAGUUGCUUCCGUCUACCAUGCUUCACCGGGUGAAGUCAAACCGUUGAAGGAAGGAGAGAUUGCUAGGAUUACGACUGGAGCACCUUUGCCUCCGGGAGCGACCUCCGUUAUAAUGGUUGAGGACACGAUUCUGAAGACUAUGACCGAGGACGGGAAAGAAGAAAAAGAGGUGGAGAUUCUUGCUGACAAUGUGAAAGAGGGAGAGAAUAUUCGUGAGAUUGGGAGUGAUAUUAAGACAGGAACAGUCAUUAUUAGUAAAGGCGAGCAAAUUUCAGCAGUAGGCGGCGAGAUAGGCCUGCUUGCUGCUGUCGGAGUUGCAGAGGUGAAAACUUACCGCAAGCCCGUUAUAGGAGUGUUAUCUACCGGCGACGAAAUUGUUCAGCACGAUAGACCGGGCGAUUUACGGCUUGGUGAAGUGCGCGACACUAAUCGUAUCACCUUAAUGUCCGCGGCACAGGAAUGCGGAUUCGAAGUCGUUGACCUAGGUAUCGCAGCGGAUAAGCCUGGUACUUUGGAAGAGACGCUGCGGGAUGCGUUGCGACGUGUCGAUUUUAUCAUUACUACCGGAGGGGUUUCGAUGGGCGAACUUGAUCUUCUGAAGCCGACGGUUGAGAGGUCAUUGGGUGGGACCAUUCAUUUUGGUCGUGUAGCUAUGAAACCGGGCAAGCCGACGACAUUCGCUACCGUGCCCGUUAAGAACAAUGCCGGCGAGCGGGUUACAAAGGUCAUAUUUUCCCUCCCCGGUAAUCCCGCAUCGGCUAUCGUUACGUUCCACCUCUUCGUGCUUCCCUCGCUUCACCAGAUAUCGGGCAUUUCGCCGGCCGGCCUAACGAAGGUCCCCGUCACACUCGCGCAUGACUUCACGUUGGAUAAGACGAGGCCCGAGUACCAUCGCGCCAUCGUCUCGGUGGGUAAAGAUGGAGCUCUAAUUGCGGCUAGCACGGGCGGCCAGCGAAGCUCCAAGGUUGGUAGUCUGAGAGGCGCGAAUAGCUUAUUAUGCAUGCCGAGUGGCAAGGAACCUCUGAAGAAGGGGACGAAGGUCGAUGCGCUUUUGAUGGGUGGUAUCAGGAGCGAGGUUUAAAUCGCAUCGCCAUACGAGUCAGUAUUGCCUAGCAUUUGGUUUAUUUAGCUAACUUGUUGUAUGAUAUUCAUGAAUGAUAAUGACUUGUGUCGUUUUAUUCUUGCAUAGCAACCAGUCAUGUAAGUCAACCAAUGUCAUCCCACUGCCGCAUUUAAUAUUAUCAUCCAUCCUUUUAUGAGAAUCCCUUCCACAUCCAAUAUCCACCCACCGCUUUACCUAAUAAUAUUCAUCCCAUCUUAGUGCUAGCACCGGAAGAGGACCCGGGCGGGACUCGAGUGGAGGCGUUCGCAUUCGUUUAGUCCCCAUCUAGACCCAUCACCAUCCACUUCUACCCUACAGUCUAGACGUAUAAGACAACAUAGCAGAAUAAAAUUUUCAUCAGGCGGCAGAGGCCAGAAACUUUCUUAAAACUCCCGCAGGGGCUUGUGGUUUAGUGGUAUAAUACUCCCUUAGCACGUGACCGACGAUGAUGAGGAUUCAUCUCAUGGAUGGAUUACUAACUUGUUCGGUUCGUCUUAAUUUGGGAGUGGUCCGGGGUUCGAUUCCCCGCGAGUCCAUCUGUAGAGGUUAGAUUCCUCUUGUGCCAGGUCUUUUUUUUUCUUCCGCCGCGCCGUUAGUACGUUUUUGCUUCCAAUAGACAUUCGAAUAAUCUCGCGAUACUACCUAAGUAACAUUCCGAUGUAUAAAUAAAUGAGGUUUUUUUUUUAAUAUUAU